AUGGGCCAACUACGAGGAAGGUAUCUACACUGGGCGGUGACAGCUGCAAGCUGUCAAGCCUUUCUUUUACUGGGCUAUGACCAGGGCGUGAUGAGCGGGCUGGUCGGUGCAGACAACCAGUUUGGGAAAACGUUCAACAACCCCGAUAGCACGAUGCAAGGGUUAUUGACUUCGAUCUAUGAUAUCGGCUGUGCAGUGGGCUGUCUCCUGAGUCUGGUCGUCGGCCACCGUUUCGGUCGACGCAAGAUGAUCAUGGCAGGUGGCUCAAUCAUGAUUAUUGGCACAAUCAUCCUCGGCAGCUCUUAUACUACAGCCCAGUUCCUCGUCGGUCGUAUUGUGACCGGGCUUGGGAACGGUAUUAACAGCAGCACUGUUCCAGCCUACCAGUCCGAACUAGCCCGUCCGGAACUUCGCGGUAUGCUUCUAUCUGCACAGGGCACCGUGACAAUCCUCGGUCUGUGUAUUGCAUACUGGCUAGACUAUGGACUCAGCUUCGUGGAUACACCUGUUCAGUGGCGGUUCCCGAUCAGCUUCCAGGCAUUCUUUGCUGUCUUUUUGGUUUUGCAGAUGAUUCCGCUUCCUGACUCGCCCCGUUGGCUCUGUGAGCAAGAUCGGAGUGAUGAGGCUGCCUCUGUUCUGGCUCGUCUUCAGGUGGCUCAACCUGCCAACGAGUCUCAUCCUGAUGUCGUUCAUCUACGUCGUCAGAUUGAGUCGUCUAUUGAGAUUGAGUCUGCUGGUGGUCCUUUCAAAUAUAAGGAGCUUUGGUCGGGUGGUCAGAUGGGCAACCUUCGUCGGAUGAUUUUGGCCGCUGUUGUCAAUAUCCAGCAGCAAUUUACAGGUUCCAACAUGAUCAACUACUAUGCACCUAUUGUCUACCAGAACGCCAUGCAUUUAUCCCGCAACCUAUCCCUGAUCCUCGGCGGCUGUACCUCUCUCGCAUACCUCGUUGGAUCAAUAAUUCCUCUAUGGAGCAUGGACAAGUUCGGUCGCCGAGCAUCACUCAUGUUUUCCGCUGCCGGUCUCUGCUUCUGCUUCGUCAUGACUGCCAUUCUCCUAUCGAUUGGUACAACACCAUGUGCAUACGCAGCGACCGUGUUCUAUCCUUCUGAAAUCUCAACUACACGGAUUCGAGCACGAGCUCAAGCAUUCGGUGGUUUCGUCAACUGGAUUUGCGUUUUCAUCGUCGUUCAAGUAACGCCGACAGCUAUAGAUAAUAUUGGAUGGAGAACAUUCAUCAUCUUUGCCUGUUUCUGUUUUGCAUGGAUUCCUAUGGUCUAUUUCUUCUUCCCCGAGACCAAAGGUUUGGAGCUCGAGGAUGUGGAUCACCUCUUCGAGAAAGGUGGUAUUACCGGCGGUGUAUUUGAGACUAGAGGAUUCCCCGUUUAUCCUGGAUAUCAUCGGACUAUGAAUGCCGAGAGGAUUGAGAAGCAAGCCGAGACUGAAACUACUCAUGUGGAGGUUUAA